GGUCAGGGUAAGUGCGGGUCGGCGCUCCUUUUUCUCUCUCCAGCCUCUCAAACUGGGUGCAAACAUAAAAAAAAAGAAAAGAAUUGACCAAAAUGCACAUCAGGAGUGGUCCUUUUUCUUUUUUCUUGCGUCAUAUAAACGGUGGCAUCAUGUUGAGAGCUGGGGAGAGGCACGCAGAUAGAAUGGCCUGUGUGCAUUUUGAUCUGUGGGGCCGGUCCUGCUUUCUGGGGGUUCGUGGGUGUGCGUCUGGUCCGGUCUCCCCCCCCCCCUCCCCUCCUCCCUCUCCACUGCACCGAAUUCUCCCCCCUCCGUGUGUCUCUGUGUCCACUCAGACCUGCAUGUGUGAUACUCUGUAACUCUGCCACGCACACACACGAGAAAAGAACAACAAAAAUCCCUCCGCGACAGUCCAGCUCUGAACUAACUAUCUCAACUGAAUUAGGUCACCGGGCCACCUGGGACGGCCGGCGUGAGCCAUGGGGACGACUUUUAGGCGCGACGCCCACCGCAGCGGGAACUUGUUCUCGCUCUCCUCCACCAGCAAGCUGAGGGGGACGUGAAGUCCUAACAGAGGCUGCGCCAUGACGACUGUCGAAACCCAUAUGACAUACAGCAACUCCUACACGAUCAACCAGGAGGAGGUGUACAUGACCCAGGAGGACGACUGGGACCGGGACCUGUUGCUGGACCCUGCCUGGGAGAAGCAGCAGAGAAAGACCUUCACAGCUUGGUGUAACUCCCACUUGAGGAAGGCCGGGACACAGAUCGAGAACAUUGAAGAUGAUUUUAGAAAUGGCCUCAAACUCAUGCUGCUGCUGGAGGUCAUAUCAGGUGAGAGGCUGCCCAAACCCGACAAAGGCAAGAUGCGUUUCCACAAGAUCGCCAACGUGAACAAAGCUCUGGACUUCAUCUGCAGCAAAGGGGUGAAGCUGGUGUCCAUCGGCGCCGAGGAAAUCGUCGACGGUAACGGGAAGAUGACCCUCGGUAUGAUCUGGACCAUCAUCCUGCGCUUCGCCAUCCAGGACAUCUCUGUGGAAGAGACCUCUGCUAAGGAGGGCCUGCUGCUGUGGUGCCAGAGGAAGACCGCCCCCUACAGGAACGUCAACGUGCAGAACUUCCACAUCAGUUGGAAGGACGGCCUGGCUCUGUGCGCCCUGAUCCACAGACACAGACCGGACCUCAUUGACUACUCCAAACUGAGAAAGGACGACCCCAUCGGUAACCUGAACACGGCGUUCGAAGUGGCCGAGAAGUUCCUGGACAUCCCCAAGAUGCUCGACGCCGAAGAUAUUGUGAACACACCCAAACCGGAUGAGAAGGCCAUCAUGACCUACGUGUCCUGCUUCUACCACGCGUUUGCUGGCGCUGAGCAGGCGGAGACGGCCGCCAACCGUAUCUGCAAAGUUCUGGCCGUGAACCAGGAGAACGAGAAGCUCAUGGAGGAGUACGAGAAGCUGGCCAGCGAGCUGCUGGAGUGGAUCCGCCGCACCAUCCCCUGGCUGGAGAACCGCACGGCGGAGCAGACCAUGCGCUCCAUGCAGCAGAAGCUGGAGGACUUCCGGGACUACCGGCGCAUCCACAAGCCGCCCCGCGUGCAGGAGAAGUGCCAGCUGGAGAUCAACUUCAACACCCUGCAGACCAAGCUGAGGCUGAGCAACCGGCCCGCCUUCAUGCCCUCCGAGGGCAAGAUGGUGUCGGACAUUGCCAACGCCUGGAAGGGCCUGGAGCAGGUGGAGAAGGGCUACGAGGAGUGGCUGCUGACGGAGAUCCGCCGCCUGGAGAGACUCGACCACCUGGCCGAGAAGUUCAAGCAGAAGUGCUCCAUGCACGAGUCCUGGACUGGAGGUAAGGAGGACCUGCUCUCCCAGAAGGACUACGAGUCGGCCUCCCUGAUGGAGAUCCGAGCCCUGAUGAGGAAGCACGAGGCCUUCGAGAGCGACCUCGCCGCUCACCAGGACCGAGUGGAGCAGAUCGCCGCCAUCGCCCAGGAGCUGAACGAGCUGGACUACCACGAUGCCGCCACCGUCAACGGCCGCUGCCAGGGCAUCUGCGACCAGUGGGACAACCUGGGCACCCUCACCCAGAAGAGGAGGGACGCCCUGGAGCGCGUGGAGAAGCUGUGGGAGACCAUCGACCAGCUGUACCUGGAGUUCGCCAAGAGGGCGGCGCCCUUCAACAACUGGAUGGACGGAGCCAUGGAGGACCUGCAGGACAUGUUCAUCGUCCACAGCAUCGAGGAGAUCCAGAGUCUGAUCACCGCCCACGACCAGUUCAAGGCCACCCUGCCCGAGGCCGACAAGGAGCGCAUGGCCACCAUGGGCAUCCACAACGAGAUCCUGAAGAUCGCCCAGACCUACGGCAUCAAGCUGUCCGGGAUCAACCCGUACACCACCCUCUCCCCGCAGGACAUCAGCACCAAGUGGGACACUGUGAAGCACCUGGUUCCCCUCAGAGACCAAAUGCUCCAGGAGGAGGUGGCCAGACAGCAAGCCAACGAGAGACUGAGGCGCCAGUUCGCCGCCCAGGCCAACAUCAUCGGGCCCUGGAUCCAAACCAAGAUGGAGGAGAUCGGCCACGUGUCCGUGGACAUCGCCGGCUCCCUGGAGGAACAGAUGAACAGCCUGAAGCAGUACGAGCAGAACAUCAUCAACUACAAAUCCAACAUCGACAAGCUGGAGGGAGACCACCAGCUCAGCCAGGAGUCCCUCAUCUUCGACAACAAGCACACCAACUACACCAUGGAGCACGUGCGCGUGGGCUGGGAGCAGCUGCUCACCACCAUCGCCAGAACCAUCAACGAGGUGGAGAACCAGAUCCUGACCCGCGACGCCAAGGGCAUCAGCCAGGAGCAGCUCAACGAGUUCAGGGCCUCCUUCAACCACUUCGACAGGAAGAGAAACGGCAUGAUGGAUCCGGACGACUUCCGCGCCUGCCUCAUCUCCAUGGGUUACGAUCUGGGCGAGGUGGAGUUCGCCCGCAUCAUGACCCUGGUUGACCCCAACAACACGGGCGUCGUGACCUUCCAGGCCUUCAUCGACUUCAUGACCCGCGAGACGGCCGAGACCGACACGGCGGAACAGGUCAUGGCCUCCUUCAAGAUCCUGGCCUCGGACAAGAGUUACAUCACGGUGGAGGAGCUGCGCAGGGAGCUGCCGCCCGAGCAGGCCGAGUACUGCAUCAGCCGCAUGACCAGGUACAUCGGAUCCGACGGCACCACCGGCGCCCUGGACUACAUCUCGUUCUCCAGCGCCCUCUACGGGGAGAGCGACUUAUAA